AUGAUGAGUCUGUCGGGUGGGGGAAUAAUCCCUUCCAAUUCUGGUUCCUCCUGGACGGAGGAUUCGUUCGAGAUCAAAGUGUUGAUGGAGCCCUCGCCCGAACCGGAAAUGGAAGGCACAUCGGCUCGUUCUGCGAUCCCAAGGGUGGAUGAAGCGGGGCCGCCCCCCCUUACCCACAAUUGUAGCUUGGAAUCGUCGAUGCGAAAUCGCAUUGCACGACUCGAGGGGGACGGUAGCUCCUAUCUGCUGGAUAAGGAAAAGGGAGAAUAUUGGUCCGACAUCAAACUCGCGCUGGGGCAAGCUCCCUCCCAGCAAGAGUAUCAAAGAUUACUCGAGUUUGAGAACAGGGAUCUACAGAUCUGA